AUGAUAACAAAGAAUAACCUAUAGGAACAGAGUAGAAUGAGAGAUAUAAAUUUUGAUGAGUUUCUCAACCAGGAGUUUCAGUUGCAGGAACAAGAUGUCAAUCAAAUAAAGUCAUAAAUAAGUACUUCAAUCAGAAACAUAAUAAAUAAUCAUCAAAAUAACCGUUCCUAAUCCCCAUUGAGAAAUGUCGAGUAGUCUAAUACCAAAAAGUCUCUUCAACCAAAAUUAUCAGAGCAGUAACUAAAGGAGAUUGAAAACUAUUAGGCUCUAUCAUAUUAGCAAUAUCCAGUUUAACCUUGCGUCAAGUCCUUAUAUUAUAUAUCUAAGAUUGCCCAGUUAUAAUAAGUUAACGUCUUGGUACCGCCUACAGUUUUAGUGUAAAUGAAUGGAGAUAAUAGAUUUAUUUACAACUGCCCUUUAGACGGUCAUUUGAUAGUUGACAAUAGUAAAGUGACAGAAAGUUCUUUAAAAAAAUUCAUGAAAAAGCAUAUAAAUACUAUUCUAGACUUAUAUCCUAUUGAAAGUAAAAUGCUACUUCCCAGAUAUGUCAUCAGAAUAAGCUAAAAUGAAUCUAGGAAGAAUGAAACUAAAGUCUAUUACAGUGAAGAUGCUUUGAUAGCUGAUGCUUUGGUCUUGUGGGAAAACUGUGACAUGGCCAUUUAACUUUUCAUCAAAUAGAAAGGUAUUAGGCCUAAAAUUUUUAGGUACAUAAUGAAGAACGGAAACACAAUAAAGUCGUUUUCAAUAUGCAACCAGAAAAAUUUGUUGAAUGAUUCAAUCAUCGUUAUUGAAACCCAGCAGUUUUUAGACAAUUUAUUUAGUCUUAGACUCAGAGAAUCUUUCAGCGUUACAAGCUCUGGAUUUGCAAAGUCAUUCACUAAUAAUAAUUCAAAUAAACUUAAAUAAAAUGAAAUCAGUAAGGAUAAAUCUGUUCUCCCUAGUCAGAUGCUUCCUAAAACUUUAGAAGAGUUUAAGCUACCUGUGUACUAUAAUGAUAUGUAAGUUAUUAUUCCACACAAGAAAAUUAUGAGAGCUUUCUGCUGUACCACAGAUAACUUGAAAAACCUAACCAUGACUUAGUUUAGGCCAAGCGCUCUGGCCUCAGCAGAGAAAAUGACUUAGGAUUUACUCAGAUUAUUUAAUUAAUACUACUUAAAAUCUAAUAAGUUCGGUAACAUCACUAAGUUUGUUUGUGAUUUUAUUGAGGGUGAAAAUGGUUAAAUAUAUCUACUUCAUAUAAAAUCCUUUGAAUGUGAAGGGGUUAUUCAAGAUUGGUAAUAGAAAUGGAAUCCCUCAUCUACUAUAAAUAAUGAUCCUUGGUUGAUAAAAAAGAAAGAUCUGAUAGAUGAUUUUGAAACCUAAUACAAACAGUGUCAAGCAAAUAUAAUUUGUUCAAACAAGAGCUUUUGUGAUAUUUUUGUCAAAAGCUGUAAAAAUGAAGAUAUGUGGAAAUUUAAUCUUAAAAAGCUCAAUGUUCUUCCGUUUAUUCCAGCAAAAACGAGGAAAAGAUAUCAGCAAGAUUAUGAGGCAAGUCAAUUUGAAUGGACAGACAACAAAUUGAGGGGCUCUGUAUGCCCUCUGAUUCCAUUGAUUUUUUUCAAAGAAAAAAUCAAAGAAAUUUCAAUAUCUCCAAAAAGAAGAUAAACUAUAGCCUUCAGCAAAAAAUAAAGCAGCCACUAUAUCUAAUUUUUACCUACUGAAGUUGAAGAGAGACUAAGAAUGAGAUAAUCGAUAGUAAUGGACUCAAAACCUAUCUUAAAUUUGAAUAAUGUAACUUAGAUAACUUAGAUUGAAAAGCCUCAACUAAGAGAAGAGCUGCCUUGUUGUUUCCCUUGCUUCAAAGUAAUUGAACUAUACUCACAAAGAAACGAAGCUAUGAUAUUUAAAUCAGAUCUAGCAUCUGAAGAACUUAAGGAUUUGAAAAUGUGCUUGGUAGAAAAUUGGGAUGACAAAAAAAUAAAAUUUGUUUUAAAUCAGUACAAAAAUUCGAAGCUAUAUCAAAUUAAGGUGCCAUAAUCCAGAACUCCAAUUCAGCUUUCUGAAUAAGCUUCAUAAAACAUUACAUAGAAAGUAAAAUUAGAUUAAAUUCCCAAUACAAAGCAAAUAUUGAUUGAUUCCAUAGAUGCAGAAUAAAAACCUAAGUUUAUCAAGAAACAACUAAGAUAUAAACCUCAAAGUGAGGAUCCAAGAGAUUUACCAAAUCUUUUAACUCCUUUCUAAAAGUCCUAACUAGAUGCAUAUUAGCAACAAGCACUAAUGACUUAGAGGGAAAACAUAAAGCAACUUAGCUCAUCAGCCUCUUUAAUGAAUCUUUAAUAGAAACUUAUCAGAAAAAGCAGGUCAAAUAGGAAUAUCCAAAAAGAAAACGUAGUUUAGAAGGCCAAAGAAUAGAUGAGAACGAUGGAGUUUAUAGAGAGAGAUCAAACUAUCAAUCAUUAGAAAAAAUACAGUCAGGCAACUAAUAAUCAAAAACUCAAAGAGAGUGUCAAUAAGAAAGAGUUAGUCAAGGUCAUUGAUUAAUUUGGAUUGAAACUUGAUCAUGCUAGUAAAACUAUGAUUGAUAAAGAUGUAAGCAGAAAUCCAAUGACCUUAAGACCUGCACAGAAUCCCUAUACAAAGAGUUAACUUAAAUCAUUUAUUAACUAGACUUAGUAGGAACACACUCAUUAAACUGAUUAAAUCCUUUUUAAUUUGAAUUAAAAGCAGCAAAGCAUUAUUCAGUAAUCUGGUAAAACAAUGGGAGUAAGAAAAGUUUCGUAAAAACACUUAUUUGAUUAAAAGAUUUAAGAAUUUAGUAUGUACUUCAUCAACAAGAGAGAUAUUCAAAACUCGAAGGUUAAACUUUCUUAUAGGAAUCUAGACUAGUUGAAAACGAGUAGAACACAUGAAAGUAAUAACUACAGCAAUAAAGCUGGUCUUCAGUAACAACAGUUUAAUAAAGAUAACUGA